AUGUUCUCUCAAUCUACGGAGCCAAUCCGGCUGCUAAUGGUCCAUCUGUCUUGGCACCAAGCAUAUUGUGAUCUCUACCGAAUAUUCUUGCCGGGAUAUCGCGAAGCCGCGCCGUUCUCCAUUCUACAAAAACUCGACGAACAGAAAUCCAUGGAGUGGCAAGGUCUAUGUCUGCAACACGCUGUUGCGAUCGUGCACCUGCUAUCAGAAUUCUCAGCGCAAUGUUCACCCCCAGCGGUUGACUUUGACAUCGCAGUUUGCGCUUAUCAUAGCUCCCGCUUGGUGCUCUUCAUCGCGGCAAAUACGUUUACGCAGAGGCUCAGUCGAACAGACGCUCUGCAACUGGCUCGCUUCUCCCAGUCCAUUCUAUCAAGAUAUUUCGUCGGAUACCCGAUGGCGGAUCCUAUGAUGAAGGAAAUCGACGAUACUAUAACCCGGUGUUCCUGUGAGUGGACGGGAACAGGUACUCUAGAGCUUCAAGACAUCGAAGCCUCUAAUGAAGACUAUGAAGCGACACAAGGUAGAAUACGACGCCAGUUGGCCAUCCACAGCUUAAUCCGUCAAGCCAACUUUGAAGGUGACUGCCACGACGGGACCAGAUCCGAGAUCCGCCGCUCAAACGUGGAAUUUCAGCUCAGCACAAUGCCACAAAACCAAUCGACUCUGACGGCUCUUCCCGCAAGAGAAAUAGCGACACCGUUUGGAAUGGCUCGCGUUGAGGAUUCGCAAGGUGCAGGUGAGAUUGCAACAGUCGAGGAACAAUCAGGGCAUAUUCAGUCCGAGUCUGGCUCUGAAAAGCGGACCAUGCCCAACGUAUCGACCCCACACGAAAAUCACAACCGUGAAGAGUGGAGAAAUGACAUGCAAGCUGUGUUCAAUCCUUGGAUGGGGUUCUCGGAAUCCCUGGAGUCAUACGGGCUGGCAUUGUCUUUAGAAGACGACUAUUUUUGA